GACCGGGGCGAUCCAGUAGUACCCAAUGAUCCAUCAUUUCCCUACCUUCAGGGAGGAUUAAUGAUGGGUAGUACCGCGUCCCUCGUAGGGAUGCUCAAAGCUGCCGCUUUGAGCAGCUUUCAAAACUUGGAUCAGACUCUUCGCAGUGAAGAUUCGUCUUCCAUCGGCUCGACUGGUUCAGCUAGCGAGGAGGAAAUAAUCAGCGAGCAGGCCGCUAAAGAAUUAGUAUCCGAUGUCAACUCACCAGAUGAGGAUGGUCUUGCGCCAAAGGACGCCCACCUGUGCGAAGGCAGCCGGGUGUUUAUUAACAAGUUUGCAUCCACCCUUAUCCACCAAGACAAUCCCGGCGUUGCCUCCCAAUUAAGCUUCUCGCCUGGAUCGCCAGCCAACCGGUUUACCAAUCGUUCAGCCGGACAACCCGUCGCCAGUUCGUCUUCCACUCACUCAUCUGACAAUUCACUUCAGGAAGAUGGAAAGCUGUUGGAAAGCGCUCAAUCUCCUGUCACAGUUCAAGAACACUUGAAGUCGGUGAUCGAUCAUUUCGGUCCUUGGACAGAAACUGAUGGCAAUGGGCAACCCGAACCGGAAAGCUGGAUCAAGCAAAUUCCUGGCAUUCUCACUCGCAGCGUAUUGGUCCAAGGGUCAAUAUUGCUAACCAAUCGGCGACUCUGCUAUGUCGCUUAUCUCCCGCCGGUAGACACCAAGGAUCUCAUUCGUAGUGGGUCAAUCACCGUGCAGUGUGAUGGGAUAGUUAAAAAAGCAACGCGAAUGUGGGCCGAGCUACGUACCGACUGUGUGACCCUAUACAGAUCGAGUACAAAGCUCUUCAGGCCACUUCACUCCCUACAUCUUUCUGAGAUUAAACAUGUGUUACCAAUCUCAUCAACACAUCCCAAGAUACUGCAGCUCAGGUUAAGGACCGGUGAGAUUGUGGACGCGAAAUUCGAUACUGCUGAAGCGACGAGUGCAUGGCAUGCCGGAUUCGUUUCUGCUCUGUUCACUUUCAAGACAUAUCAUUCCAAGAAGAUCAUGAUCAUGAUCCCUUUGCGCCGGAUUCGCAAGAUCCAUCGAAAUACAUUCGAAAACAUAGCUCAAGUCAUGAGCGUGGAUGUUGAUUGUGCUCCGUGCUUCAGGGACAUUGUUGACAACGACAUCAUUGAAGGCAAAUUCACACUUGAAGACUUUGAUCGCACUCGAAUUCAACUCUCUUACUUCCUGAGUUGCGGUAAUUUUGAUGAUUUAAUACUUGAUGCUAUCGUCCGAGCAAAAUUGGAAGUCAGUCAGGCCGAAUCCCUCGCCAGCCACCGAACUCCACCCCCUCUACUCAAAAUAACGUCUAGUCAUAGCAAUGAAGAGGAUAGCGAAAAUGAAGAAAAGCUCUCAGAUCAUGUAGGAAACUUCGAUAGCUCGGAAAACGCCCUGGCCGAUAAAUUUGUAAAAGCCUUUGGCCUGGAAGCCAAUACAAAGCUUCCCAUCUACCCGUGCUUACUCCUACGUACCCUCCCCAGCCCUGGACAUGUGGCCAUCAGUCAAGACUACCUCUGCUUCUGGUAUCGAGGAAUUCCAGUCCUUGGCUCGGACUAUAAACUAAAGAUACCACUGAAAAGUGUCGGGAACCUCAAGCGGACCAGCGCCUUUGGUUUCCACCGGUUCGGUUUGGCCAUCGAGACCCUGGGUGCCCCGGAUGUCAGGCUGGAUUUCACCUCCAAAUCGACGAGGGAAGAGGUGAUCGAAGGCCUGAAAGCUGCGGUUCAAGACUCAUCCUCCAGAGAAUCCAACCGGCUUCAAGACUUCCAGCCUCUAUCGUCUCGUACGCCGGGUGCAGUCGCAGAGCCAAACUUCACUCUCCCAAGAUGUGGCCAAGACACCAUGCCAGUCCUCAUCGGUGGUGCCAAGAUCGACAAAAUCAUCAAACCCCUACGAAUAGUCUGCCUUACCAUCGGCAGUCGUGGUGAUGUUCAACCUUAUAUCUCCCUAGCAAAGCGACUCAUGCAAGACGGACACACAGUCACCAUCGCUUCCCAUCCGGAAUAUCGUACUUGGGUCGAAUCUUUCGGGAUUUUGUACAAGGACGUCGGGGGUGAUCCUGGUGCAUUGAUGAACUUUUCAGUUGAGCAUAGCUUUUUCAGCACCGGUUUUUUCAAAGAGGGCUUGGGUUAUUUCAAGACUUGGCUGAACAAUUUGUUCAUGGAAGCUUGGGUAGCCACCAAAGAGUCUCAGGCUGAAUUGCUGAUCGAAAGCCCAUCGACUUUCUCUGGGAUCCAUAUUGCCGAAGCAUUACGGAUACCCUAUUUCCGAGCGUUUACGAUGACAUGGACCAGUACAACGACCUACCCACAAGCAUUUGCGUCCGGCAUUGAUCUUGGGCCAUCUUACAACUUGCUCUCUUAUUCCCUCUUCGAUAGUUUGAUUUGGCGCGCAAUGUCUGGGCAGGUCAACAGAUGGCGUAAAGAAACUUUAGGGAUACCUCCUACCUCUUUAGAACAAAUGCAAAGUUAUAAAGUUCCCUUUAUGUACAACUUCAGCUCGGCUGUUGUUCCCAAGCCGCUGGAUUGGAGAGACCACAUAGAAGUCACUGGGUACUGGUUCCUCGAUCAAUCGCACGGAAAUUUCCAGCCGCCGGAAUCGCUUUUGAAGUUCAUCGCUUCUGCCAAGGAGGACAAAGUGCCGUUGAUUUAUAUUGGCUUUGGUAGCGUAACCGUACCUGAUUCGACAACGGUCACCAGAUCUAUAUACGCGGCGGUUGUGCAAGCCGGCGUGAGAGCCAUAGUUGCCAAAGGAUGGAGCGAUCGCGUUGAGGCUAAAUCAACCGAGCAAGAUGUCCCACCCCCACAAGAGGUUUAUGUGCUACAAUCCGUUCCUCACGAUUGGUUAUUUCCUCAGGUGGACGCCGUUUGCCAUCACGGCGGUGCUGGAACGACCGGUAUAUCGCUGAAAUUUGGAAUUCCAACCAUCAUCCAUCCAUUCUUCGGAGACCAAACAUUUUGGGCUGAUCGAGUUGCACGACUCGGAGCUGGUCUGAAAAUCGAUUCUCUAUCCGUUAACACAUUGUGUGAAGCGUUCAACAAGGCGACUUCGGAUCGAAUCAUCAAGGAAAAGGCAGAACAGAUCAAGGAGCAAAUUCAAGCUGAAGAUGGACCAAGUCGAGCCGUACAAUUCAUUUAUCAGCAUUUGGAUUUCGCUCUCGAAAGGACUAUACACCGGAUCGAAAGGACUCGACCUAAAAAGACCAGACGAUCGAAAUCAGCCGAGAGUCCCAAGUCUGAGAUGACAGGUGCGACUAGCAAUAGUGGCGGGGAAGAUCCUCGGAUGAGGGUGGCACACCGAGACAGUAUGAUCAAAAGAAAAUUCACUCGAAGGGGUCGGUCGACCAACAGAACGGGGACGGUGAGCACUACGGAGGCUGAGGAUGUAGAGCCAAAUUUAGACACGGAACCAUCGACAUUGGCGGCUGAACCCAGCGGCCUUCUGGGCAAGACAAGCACCUUUCAGCCCGGUUUGAUUGCGUCCUUGAAUCAGUCCAAUGGUCCAGCCGUGAAGAGAUUAUCAAAAUUGUUUUCAACGACGGAUCCACCGCCCACUCAAUCCGACUUUAAUCCGAGUCCCAUUGAUUGCUGUCCAUCUGGAUGCGACCCAUUGGCUGACUCGCAGAGUGUCAGGAGGAAGUCAUAUCCUCUCCCAUUCAGAAGGAGAAGCUUAUUUUCUUCUCUCCCUAAGAAUGGAAUAGCACCUGUCAAUUCGGUAUCUAAACUCCUGAGAAGGACUUCGCCCAAUUAA